AUGGCUGGGCAAUCAAAGGAGGCCGCAAUCCCCCCUUGGGGUUUGGCGGUUGCUGGAGCCACGGGAGCGGUUAUCGCAAAUGCGCUGGUGUAUCCUCUCGAUAUUGUCAAAACCCGUCUGCAAGUCCAAGUCAAGAGGAAAGCAACAGACGCUCCCGCCACAGCAGACGAUCCGGUGCAUUAUGCCUCGACCUGGGAUGCCAUUACGAAGAUUGUUGACAACGAUGGGGUUGCUGGUCUUUAUGCCGGUAUAGAGGGGGCGCUCAUCGGGGUUGCAUCGACCAACUUUGCAUACUUUUACUGGUAUUCGGUUGUCCGAUCGCUAUAUCUCUCCUCCCAAAGAACACCUACACCUCCAAGCACGGCGAUUGAAUUGUCUCUUGGAGCAGCCGCAGGAGCUGUCGCCCAAAUAUUUACCAUUCCAGUGGCUGUAGUUACAACACGCCAACAAACGCAGGCGAAGGGCGAGAGGAAAGGCAUGCUAGAUACUGGAAGGGAAGUGAUCGCAAGUGAGGAUGGAUGGACCGGACUAUGGAGGGGGCUUAAAGCCAGUUUGGUGCUGGUGGUCAACCCUGCUAUUACGUAUGGUGCAUAUCAAAGACUCAGAGAGGUUAUUUUCCCCGGAAAAGCCAACCUCAAACCCUGGGAAGCAUUUCUGUUGGGAGCAUUGUCAAAGUCCAUGGCUACCAUUGCAACUCAGCCUCUGAUUGUUGCCAAAGUUGGGCUCCAAUCAAAGCCCCCGCCAUCCCGACAAGGAAAGCCAUUCAAAAGCUUCAUCGAGGUCAUGCGCUUCAUCAUUGAGAAUGAAGGCGUGCUAGGCCUUUUCAAGGGCAUUGGCCCACAAAUCUCGAAGGGUGUCAUUGUUCAAGGACUGCUCAUGAUGACAAAAGAACGCAUGGAACUUAUGUUCGUUCUCCUUUUCCGGUACCUGCGAAAGCUCAAGUCCGACCAACUUCAGAAGGCGGCGGAGCUUGCCGCAUCAAAGGCCAAAGUUGCCUUGCCCUUAGUUACGAAGUAG